AUGCGGACUCUUCAUUUUGAUAAUGUAAUUUCUAAUGAAGAAGUUGGUGGGAAAAUAUGGGUCUUGUGGAUGAAUGAUUUAAAUGUACAGAUUAUGCGGAUGACCUCACAGUUUUUGUCUCCAAGGACAGUUGAGGGUCAAUUUCAAUUUUUGGGUAAUUUUAUUUAUGCAAAGUGUAAAAUGAUGGAUAGGCGGGUUCUAUGGGAGGAUUUGAGGUGGAAUAGUAUGAAUGAGGAUCCUUGUUUGUUUGCUGGCAAUUUUAAUAUUAUUCGUACGAAUUUGAAAAGACGGGGUGGUCGUCCUAGGCCAAUAGCGGCGAUGGAUGAUUUUAACCAAUGGAUCCAUGAGGGUGGUUUUAUUGAUUUAAAUGCUCAAGGUAGUAAUUUUUCUUGGUGUAAUGGCCAGAGUGGUUUAACUAGAGCUUGGGCUAAGCUGGAUCGUGUUUUAUUGGAUGCAAAUUUAUUGUCUUUCUUCCCUACGGCGUCUUGUUCGUACUUCCCAAAGACGACUUCGAACCAUUGCCCUAUGCUGGUGUGGGAUGUGCCGGUGAUUGGGACGGGGCUUGUCAUUCUUGCUUGUAAGCUUAAAAAGGUGAAAGUGGCUCUUCGUGAAUGGAAUAAGCGAGUGUUUGGUAGGACUAAUACCCAUAUUGAAUCUUUGAAAGUGAAGGUUGAGGGUCUGGAAAGUUGUCUGCAAAGAGAGUGGGAUAUUGAUGCCGAGAGGGAGCUUGUGGUGGCUUCGGAUGAAUUGAAUUCUUGGAGACGUAGGGAAGAUAUCAGAUUAGCUCAAAUGGCUAAAAUAAAAUGGAAUAUGGACGGCGAUCGUAAUUCAAAAUUUUUUCAUGUAUGGUUAGCUAAUAAACGACGUAAAAGAAUCAAAGGGAUGAGAACUCUAGAUGGGGUAGAGUUUAAUUCGCCAGAAGAAAUUCAUAAUGGAGCUGUUGAGUAUUUUGCGGAUUUUCUUAAAAAUACUAACCAGUCACAAGUACUUCCGGAUUUAUCAGAUUUGAUUUCACUAGUUAUUGAUGUUGAGGAUUGUACAUGUAUUUGUCGUACCCCUUCAUUGGAUGAAGUAAAGGAGGCUCUUUCUUCGAUUCCUAUAAACAGUUCUCCUGGGCCAGAUGGUUCCUGA